AUGGCUUUUUCCGAGAAUAUCGUCGAUUUUAAAUGUCCUAUUUGUCUUCGCCGUUUUCAUGAUCCUAUUAUUCUUAAUUGUGGACACACAUUUGAUCGAUUAUGCAUACAACAAUCGUCACGUUCAAUACGUUCGAAUCUAUGUCCUCUAUGUAACUCUAAAUUUGAUCCAGCAAGUGCUUUGAUAUCGGACAGGUCUUUAACUAACCUUAUUCAGUAUGUGCCAACAUUUGAAUAUUUUUUAAUUGAUAUAAAAUCUCAGCAACAAAAAAACGACGCUCUUUCAUUUCUUAAACGUGUUUUCGAUACAAGAGAUGUAUUUGAAACUGAUUACAUUGUUUUUCAAAGUCAAGAUACAACAAUUGAAUUGAAUCCUAACACAAAGUUUGAUCAAGAGUGGAAUCUAAAAUCUGUAUCAAAUUUAAAUAGUAUGAUACAAAAAGCAUGUGUUGAUUUACAACAACGAAAUGGUCUUCGAAAAAUUUGUAUUCUUACCGAUGGAUUAACAAAACAUAUGGAUUUAACAAAAAUUGAUUCGAAUAUAAUUAAUCAACGGGCUAUUGUUCAUAUCGGAGAGAAGAAUGCUUUACGCACACGACAAAUUGCUGAUGAAAUCGAUUUUCAUUUUGAACAUUUUAAUGAGAAAACACUCGAUAGUUAUGUAAAACAUUUUAUAAAGAAUUUUUAA